UAGUAACUUCUAUAAAAUUGAUUACUUCAAACGAGGUAAAAGAGUGGAUGGUUUCUGGAAUCGUCUAUCCUUAGACAAAGUAUUUGAAAAAUACUAAUAAAGUGCAUCUUAUUGCUAAAGUAUUACACGAGGAAAUAAAAAAUAAUGGCUGCAGUAGACAUUUCACCUAAUAAGGAUGGUGGUGUUCUGAAAGAAAUAAUUAAAGAAGGUGUUGGAGAUGAAACUCCAGCACCUGGAAGUAAUGUAAUAGUCCACUAUACUGGCACUCUUUUGGAUGGAACAAAGUUUGAUUCAAGCAAGGACCGCAAUGAACCAUUUCAAUUUGAAUUAAAGAAAGGAAGUGUUAUUAAAGCUUGGGACAUUGGAGUAGCUACUAUGAAAAAAGGUGAAGUUGCGAUAUUGACCUGUGCUCCUGAAUAUGCAUAUGGAAAAAAUGGCAGUCCACCUAAAAUCCCUCCAAAUGCAACGCUUAAAUUUGAAAUUGAAAUGAUUGAUUGGAAAGGAGAAGACUUGAGUCCUGAUAAAGAUGGCAACAUCGAAAGAUAUCAGAUGAUACAAGGAAAAGACUAUGUUACGCCACAGGAAGGAGCUUUAGUAAAUGUACAUUUAACCGGAAUGUAUAAUGAUAGAGUAUUUGAAGAAAGAGAUGUCCAAUUUUCUCUUGGAGAAGGAGAAGAUUAUGGUGUUAUAGAAGGAGUAGAAAAAGCCUUAGAAAGUUUUAAAAGUGGAGAGAAAUCAAGACUUAAAAUUAAGAGUAAAUAUGCAUUUAAAAAUGUCGGAAAUCCAGCAUUUGACAUUCCACCAAAUGCAACUGUGGAAUACAUUGUAGAAUUGAAAAGUUUUGAAAAGGCUGUAGAAAUCUGGUCCUUGAAGACUCAUGAAAAAAUAGGGCAAGCUAAAAUUUUCAAAGAAAAAGGAACUGCAUAUUUCAAAGCAAAUAAGUACAAUUUAGCUAUUAAAAUGUAUAAAAAGGUCAUUUCGUUCUUGGAAUACGCAGAAGGCUUUGAAGGGGAUCUGAAAACAGAAAGAAAUAACCUUCUUUUAUCCGCUCACUUGAAUCUGGCACUAUGUUACUUAAAAACAGAUCAGAACGUUGAAGCGAAGGAUGCCUGCAGUGAAGCUUUGAAAUUAAGUCCACAAAACGAGAAAGCACUGUUUAGAAGAGGACAAGCUUAUCUUGCACUGGCAUCACCUGAAAUUGCAAUUAAAGAUUUCCAAGAAGUUUUUAAGAUUGAACCAAAAAAUACAGCAGCUGUAAAACAAAUUGGCGUUUGUAAUAAUCUGAUUAAAAAACAAUUAGCAAAAGAGAAAAAAUUAUAUGCCAAUAUGUUUGACAAAUUUGCUCAAGAGGAUAAACAGAAGGAGGAGGAGAAGCUGCGAGAACAACCAGAUGUGAUGCGUGGGGCUCUAGGUGAAUGGGGUCAAGAAGAGCGACCUGGCGGCAGAGAUGCAACUGCCUUUGAAAAAGAGAAUCCUAACAUACUCAUGCUCAACGCUAAUGGUACUGGUGAAUUUCAAAACAUGUAAAGAUUCUCCUUUCCUCUCCUUACAGUGCCCUAUUCUUAACUGCCAGCAAUUUGAAAUUUUGUUAACUACCGAGUUUCAAUGCCUUCCAAGUAAUUAUUUUCUCAGUAUAUAAAAGUGCAUCUCAUAACUUUUAUUAGUAUUUUAUAAUAUAUGAUACAACCUAGUCGACAAAUUUUAUACUUAACAUGAUUAAAUCAGUUUUAAUAAAUAAAAUUUUAUCAUU